AUGGCAAAUAAAAUAUUAGAUCCAAUUUUUAGAUUUUACGAUCCGAUUCGUUAUUCAUUUAACAAGAAAAAAGAGGAUUAUAUUAUCAUCUCACCGACUGUUGGUUCUAAAUCCCAAUUGAAUGAUGGUGAUUUCGAUUCAGUCUCAGGUUGGAUACCCAAUGUUGGCGAUGGAAGUGUUUUAAAAGAACCGGUAAGAAAUCUUGCAAAUGAUGCUGAUUUAGCUAGAGUGAGAGUUGUUGCUCGAAACACAAUAGAAAGAGUAGCUCGAGCAGCUAAUCAUGGAUUCGAAAAACGAGUAGUUCAGUAUAAUAAUGCUGUUGAGAAUAAUAGGUGGGGAAAUUACUUAAAUUGGAAAUUAUAUCCUUUAUUCGGUCUGUUGGAACACAGAAAGGUUACCAUAUAA